AUGGCCGCACCACCAUCAGCAGAACCUGAUUUUUCGUCACCAAUUGCUCAAACAAAUCCUGGGUCUUAUGAAGAAUUACACCGUAAAGCCAGAGAUGUCUUUCCAACAUGUUUCGAAGGUGCCAAACUUAUGGUUAACAAAGGAUUAAGCCCACAUUUUCAAGUAAGUAGUAGCAUUUGAUGAUAGAAAAUGAUCUGAAUUCAUUUUUAGGUCUCUCACACAUUGUCGCUUUCUUCAAUGAAUACUGGUUAUCGAUUCGGAGCCACUUAUGUUGGAAAUAAUCAAAUCGGACAAAGCGAAGCUUAUCCAAUUUUGCUCGGUGACACUGAUAUCAGUGGAAAUACGACCGCGACUAUUUUGCAUCAAGUUGGAAUUUAUAGAACAAAACUGCAAGGACAAGUUCAACAAGGAAAAUUGGCGGGAGCACAAGCGACUAUUGAAAGAAAGUUAGUUUUGGAUUGAGCGAAUUUGAGUAAAAAUAAUGAUGUUUUUCAGAGGCCGUCUCACUACUUUGGGUUUAACUCUAGCUAAUAUUGAUCUCGUAAAUGAAGGAGGUAUUCUUGUUGGUCAAUUAUUGCGACGACUUACUCCUCGUCUUGAUGUUGGUUCGGAAAUAGUCUAUCAAUACGGCAAAAACAUUCCAGGUUUGUUAUAAAUAAGUAUAUAUAUAUUUAUUUAUUAUUAAAAAUUUCAGGUGGUCAGAUCUCUGUUCUUUCAUAUGCUGCUAGAUAUACAGCAAAUCAUUUUACUGCUGCGGCAACACUUGGAGCCUCGGGUAAGUGAAUAAAAUCCAGAAUUUUUUAAUGAAGAUUGUUUCAGGAGCGCAUUUAACGUAUUAUCACAAACAACAAGAAAACUUGGCAUUUGGUGUAGAGUUCGAGUGUAAUGCAAAUGUUGGAGAAGCAGUGACAACAAUUGCCUAUCAAGCCGAAUUACCGGAAGAAGGUGUUACUAUGCGGGCUAGUGUGGAUACAAACUGGUUAGUGUUUAGAGAAAUUUUCUAGUUUACUAGAGAAAUUUUUGAAUAAUGUUGAAUAUUAUUGAAUUAAAAACACGUGAGAAAUAAAAAAGUAGGUCAAGUGACGUGGAUUUAAAAACAGUAUAGGUAGCCAUGUCGUCAAUUGCGACGCGGUUCUGCGAUGCGUGUUGACCUCGAUAUUUUCCGUUGGAUUUUCCAAAUUUUCAUUUCUAAAAACGUGUCGCUCACACGCAUCGCAACUGACGACAUGGCUACCUAUACUGUUUUUUAAUCCACGUCACUUGACCUACUUUUUUAUUUCUCACGUUUUUUUAAUUCAAUAAUAUAUUUUUUCAAAUUCACGUCACGUUUUUUUUCAAAAUAAACAAAUGCUUAUCUGUUCUGAACUUGGUUUUUCAAAUAAAAUGUUUGCAGGUCAGUUGGUGGAGUUUUCGAAAAACGUCUCAGCCAACAACUUCCAUUUACAUUGGCUCUUUCUGGUACAUUCAACCAUGUGAAAGCUGCUGGUAAAUUCGGAAUUGGUCUCAUUAUCGGUUAA